AUGACUGCCCACGAGUUGAAGCAAAUGCCGUUGCAUCGCUUCAGUUCACCCUUAAGCCCAGAUCAGAUAGCAGAGGUUCCACUUGAGAGCGUCGGAGGUCCCCGCCCAUAUCACAUGUUUGUCCUAUUCACCUUUAUUGGGGGCCGCACUGACGACAUUGCGCAAGAACUCAGCAGCAAGUGCAGGGACUGUUCAGCUGCCCUUGCAGCGUUUCGCGAAGUGUCAAGAGCCUACAAGCUUUCAGACUCAUCACCAGGAAAUGAAGAUGUACUUCCUGUAUUUUUUGCUGUUGUAAAUAUUGGUACGAGAGAUGGGGCUGGAAUAUCGGCAAUUCACCCAGCAAUGCAAGUUCCCAUAGUUAUGCACUUGCCUCCCACAGCGUUCCGUGGUUUCUGCAGUAAUAGGGGAUCUCAAGAUCCCCGCUGUUCAGCAGCAGCAGCAGCACUUUCAGACGCACGUGCAUUGAGUGACAAUUUAUCAGCUGUUAGCCACAGAAUUGUAACGGCGGAGUUCUUUAGUGGCGCACUUAAUGAUGGAUGGGAUGGCGGUGAAGACGAGAAGUUACAAGAGCUCUUUGAGCAGCAAACACGCGACAAAAUUCGCGGAAAGUUUCACUUUUUUUCUCCCUCUCAGAGUCAGUUGUUCCUCCUGCAGCGCUUCAAGAACGAGGCUCCAGCUGAACAACGCCUUCUUGAAUGGGCAAAUUCGCGUACCAAAAGGAAUCAGUGGAUCGUGCCAGCAGGUGGGGUGGUUGCAUAUACGCUGUGCAGCGGCGGUUUGAUAUUUAGUGUCAUUCACUCAGUACCCUUUGCUGGUUACGACGAAGCUAACAGGAGAUAUGUGCUGUUGGCCCCCACUUCGCGAGCGCAGUUCAUGUUAGAGGGGUUGAUUCUUGCGAGCUGCUCAACAGUGGCUUCUCUUGCAGCCCUCCUCCUCGUCCGAUUUCCCGGCUCGAGUGAGCAAGUCGGCCGCAGGCCGCUUGCCUGCCCUGACGGGGACGCAAGCAUACCAGACAUGCGCCCUGGAAAGAGCACAGAGGGCAUUCUACACAGUGAGGGCGAUGCUCGGUGGCAACGGCUUUUAGCGGCAGCAUCUUUUGCCGUAACAGCCCUGAUUUUCGUCCUCUGUUCCGGGUUUGUAAUGCAGUGCUACCGCACUAAGGCAGCCUGGACCAAAUACCCACAGGAGGGAGCUAGUUGUGGAUAA